CUUCGUGGUUUGAAUUCCCGCUUUAUUCCUGCAUGACGCUGCGGGGUCGAAAUGAAAAUUCGAAUUCAAAUGAAGAGCAUUUCGGUCCGUUGGAAGCGCGAUUUUGACGUUUGCACCGUGUGCAGGGUGGGUCUGGGUGUCAUAGCCGCUGCCACAACGUGCUGCUGUUUAUACCAGCCUGGUCUGCAGACUCGUGUUAAUGACCCACAAAGCGUACAUUUCCUCGACUCCUACCUGUCUGGCUAACCGAGAAAUCCUGAAGGUUUCACAAAGCAGUUCUCCGUUAACCGGAUAACUCAAGGCUGUAAAUGCAGGAGAAGAGCCGAGGGACAUUCGUGCUGGACGGUUCUCACUUGGAGCAAAAGACCUCCAGAGGACCAGUCAUCAGUGAUAUACUUGCAGCACGCCUGCUCAGAGUCUAUCAAAAUGCAUCUAGCAAAGCACAGGGGAUUUUUAAAGUGGAUGGCUUUCAGGACAACUUUCUGACCUGGGAGGAGGAGUGCUGCGUCAGUCAUAUAAUUUUGGAUCAAAACAAAAAAUGGAUAACUGUGAAAGAGAAGGGCAUUUACCUGAUCUACGUUCAUGUGACAUACGGUCUCAAAGGAAAUGGCACUGUAGAGCUUCGGCUUUUUGUGAACUUCAAUUACACAGGGAAUGGGGGAAUGGCACGUCAAGAGACAGCUGCCGACUUUGAUACUCGAGAGCUCACAGAGAAGGAACAAGAUGCGAGCCUCAGUGCCUUCCUUCUACUGAACAUGAGACCAAUGGAACAGCUGUCUGUACAUGUGUCCGCAAAGGAUCUGAUAAACUACAAUGACAUCCGACCAUUCACCAACUACAUCAGCAUCAUUAGGUACGCUGACUGGUAGACACUGAGCUGAAGAGGAACUAUGCCGUCAACUUCAACUGAGUAUCUCAAAUCAUUGUUUUAAUAUGCCCUUUUCAUGUCAGCUGUUUUUUUUUUAUUUAAUUUUUUCGCUUGCUACUAGUCACAAAACACGUUUUUUUGGGGUUUUUUUUUUGUGAUGGUGGCCAAAUAGAGGACAACUGCACAAGCAGCUGCCAUGAAAUGAAGCCAGAUGUUUAACCGCAAACGAAACUGUGACGAAACUCCAUUUGACAUUCGGGAUGUUUGCGUAGGGCGCUGCGAUACUUUCUUGGUGCGUUCUUUCUUCUUCAUCUUCCCCUCUGUUGCAUGACGCUCCCAACUCACGAUUUUCUGAGAAACAUGACACAUUUUCCUACCAUGAGAGACAAAAGUGAUUUUCACUUUGUUUCAGGUUCGUUAUGAGUCAGUUGAAAAAAAGAGCAUCGAGGCUGCUUCCUCAUUUAUCAGCAUGCAGUUUGAAGAAAUGAGCACACAAAAGUUAACGUCACUUCCAUAAGCAAACAAUUCUUAGUUGAGGUGGUGAUCAGGUGUCUUUAAGAUGCUGGUUCCAUUACAAUCCCCCCCCCCUCCCCUAGUAUGUAUGAUGUUUGCCAGUCAACUGACUGUAAUCUCAAACGUCAAGCGUUACUGGUUAUCUUUGAAGUUGCAUGUUAUUCUUUUAUCUUAUUUUUGAUGACCAGGAGCUGAAUUUUUUUGGGAUUGUGCUUUGUAAUUUGUGGGUCAUAAGAGAGUGACUGGAAUAUGUAAUAAGCAGUGUUUUCCAAAACAACUACAUUACCAGCACUAAGAAGUACUAGACAGGUUUCCAUCCACCUGCCAAAUUACAUUUGCGAAUAACCAUGAUGUUACGAAAGAAAAUAACAGCUUGAGCUGCAGCAUCUUAGGUCUAAUGUCACUGUUAUGUUUUGUUUUUUGAGGAAGGUACAUUUUAAUUUCUUCAUUAGUCUCGUGGUACCUGCUGCCUUCUGUCAUGUUUUGUAGCUAUGGCUGGGCAAAAAAAACAAAACACACAGACAUGAUUUUUAUUCUAUUUGCAUUUUACAUUAUUUAUUUGGAAAAUGUCUUUAUCUUAAUUUAUCACUUUUCUUUUUAUCUGCAAAACAAUGCAUAU